GUCAUAUUUCCGUCGCAGGUUAGCUACGGUACUAGCUGCGAAUAGCUUCACCUACUCCAACUCCGGUGCCACACCAAAAGUCAACUGCAUAGCCUACAACACUAGGUCUAAAGAGAAAGACACAUUCUCCAGCUCCAGACACCUUUGGCUUAUUCACUUUCUGCGUAGCAUGCGCCAUUUCCCUUCUCGCUAAUCGGUUGCUGGCUGCAAGCGCGCCGGAAACAACGAGGUUGGAAGACUGAGACAUCCCAAGGACAUGGCCGCAUCCGAGACUUGCUUUGGCCCGACAAUAGCAGACGGAGCGUUGGUCGCCCAGCCAUUCGCUAGCACUAAGGGAUUGAUUGUCAUAGACAUUAGAUUCACUGCUUUGUAUGGUCAGAUCUACGGAGGGGGUCAACCAGACAAUCAGACAAUUAGGACAGCCAAGGAUGCCCCCUAAUAGACAAGCAACGCCCGAUCUUGGCGCAAGGCGACCAAUAUUGCGCUUGUAAACCCCAGUUAUUACAAGUGGGAAGCGAGAUCCGAAAGGAGGCAUGGCUGGCGUGGGCACUGCGGAUGAGCAAUUUCCCUUUGGGUGAGACGGUCCCUUUGCUCGCCAGUAGUAUCGUGAAUGGCUGUGCGCUAUGUUGAUGGUGGAGCAUGUAAUUUUAGCCUUUUGGAUCUCGCAGCAUUAGACGUUUUUGCUACCGGUUGGCCAAAAGUCAAUUGGCAACUCUAUUCUUAGAGACCGUUUAUGACAACAUUCAAUCCAUAAAUUUGUCAAUUUUGAGAAAAUUUUGUCUUUGUCGUACGAUGUGUUAUUGCGAGUUUGCGGUGACAGAAUUGUGUGCUGUGAGCCCAGGCCAGCACUGGCAUUCUGCGAGUCCACCGAGGCGAGACACGGUGAAGAGACAGCCUUGGAAUCUAGACGCGGGCCUUUGACUCAGGCGGAGAAUUUCCAGCGGACGAAAAGAGACGACAAAAACAGUACGGGCAGCAUUUGCGAGGCGAGCUCUUUGGUAUGAGACGCGUGAAGGAUCAACAGAACAAGCACUGGACUCGCCUAAGGAAGUGUUCUCGUUGUCUUUGGUAUGGCUGGGAUAUUACCAAGAGGUGCUACCGGCAGUGUAAUUCAGCUCCGGCACAGAAGACGGUUAAAAAAAUUAAAAUAAAAUACGUCACGCGCGGCAGUAGUCAGAAAAGAGAACAAAUCAAAACAUGAGCCGCCGAAACCCGAUUGCUGGUGAGAAUUACUCGUGCACGGCGCUUCCGGGUUCGUAUUGUUUGUGUGUGUUUUGCCGCUGCCAAGCUCCGUGUUGUUAGCUGCGCAAAGCUUGGCUCCAGUAGAAUGACGUCCACUGGAAAGAGCUCAUCCAAGCACUAAAACACUAUACUGACAAGACCCAUUUCUUUUUCCCUUUGCCCAGCUUUUCUUUUCUUGUUCGUUUACUUGGUACACUGCGCCUCACGUAGCAUUUCUCUGGGCGGUGGUGGGUGGGCGGGCCACGGAAAUGGCAUUGUGUUGAUGUGUUUGUGUUUCGCAGUGCUUAUGCUGAGUGCGGACAUACAGUUGGGUAGGUACAGUUGAUUCGGUAUAGGAUGCGAGCGAGCGAGAGAGAGAGAGAGAGACACGGACGGAUAAAAAGAAGCAGACGCAGAAGACCAACGGAAUGGAGAAAGAGGGAGAGACAUUUUUUUCAGUGCAGCCCAAAACACAACACAGAGACUGAAAACGGGCACCAGGAACAGGAACCUGAGACCCUGAACAGCGCCACGCCUGGUCCGCCCCAGGUACCCGCCCAUAUUAAUUGGCUGUCGGCUGCCCUCCACCCCCUGGCCAAGGGCCCUAGCUCCAUCACGCACCAGCACCCAGCACCCAGCCUGACGCCGACUCUGUCCAGUCCUGUUCUGUACCUGCAGCCCCCUGUCUAUUCUUAUUCUCCUCUUAUUAACUGCCCUUCGUCCCUCCUCCUCACCAACUUGUCCUCUUCAUCCAUCUCCGAUCAGUCCAUCCAACGUCUUUUUCAGUCUCUCGCUUAUCUGAAAAGACCCGUCUCUCAUUGACUUUGACUUUUUCUUUGCUCGACCUUCGACCGUUAAUUUUUAUUCUCGCCUAAAUAACCCCAUUUUUUGCAGCCAUGCUUUCCAAGACUGUUGUCGCAGCCCUUGCUGCCGCCUCUGUUGCUUCUGCUCAGACCUUCACCGACUGCAACCCCCUCGAGAAGACUUGCCCUUCUAACCCUGCCUUCGGAAAGGGCAAGGUCUCUUGCAGCUUCUCCAGCGCUUGCGACGCCAUCAAGCCCGUUUCCGGCACCGACGUUAAGUACAACUCCAACGGUGCCGUCUUCGCCAUCAAGACUGUUAAGCAGGCCCCUACUUUCCAGUCCGACAAGUACAUCUUCUUCGGCCACGUCGACGUCGAGAUUAAGCCUGCGCCGGGCCCCGGUAUUGUUACGUCUCUUGUUCUCCAGUCUGCCGACCUCGACGAGAUUGACUGGGAGUGGGUUGGAUUCCAGCCUAAUCAGGCCCAGACCAACUAUUUUGGCCGUGAUACUCAGGGCACCUUUGACCGCGGUGCUUUCCACACUGUUGACGGCGCUUUGUCCACCACCCACAAGUACUCCAUUGACUGGACCAGCGAGCGCAUCCAGUGGCUCGUCGAUGACAACGUUGUCCGCACCUUGACCCGUGCCCAGGCCGGUACCAAGUACCCCCAGACUCCCAUGCAGGUCAAGAUUGGCAGCUGGGUUGCUGGUCAGCCUGGCGCUCCCAAGGGCACCGUUGAGUGGGCUGGCGGUAUGGCCGACUUCUCCAAGGCUCCCUUUGAGGCCCACUACAAGAACCUCAACAUUGUCGACUACGGUGGCGGCAGCACUGCCACCACCAGCGAGAUCAAGGAGUACGUCUAUGGCGACAAGUCUGGCUCGUUCCAGUCCAUCAAGGUCAUCAAGGCCGACGGCGACUCUUCUUCUUCUUCCUCUUCUUCCGAAAAGGCCUCUGCUACCAGUUCUGGCGCCAAGAGCACCAGCUCCGCCGUCAGUACUGGCUCCCGCAACGCCACCACCAGCGCUGCUUCCACCACUCUUGCUCCUAGCAUGACCUCUGCCACCACCUCCGGCACCGCCAAGCCCACCUCUUCCAACGCUGCUAUGCACAACGCUGUUGCCGCUGGUGGUGUUGUUGCCGCCGUUGCCGGUCUUCUCGCUCAGCUCCUGUAAAUGUAUUGCUGCGAUGGUGAAGAAGGGAUGUCGAAUGUAUCUAGAUCUCGUGUUACAUAUUUAGCCAAUUCUUUUGCUUUUACUGGGACAUAGAAAUGCAAUUCAUUAUGACGAGCUUCCUUUUUUUUUUCUCUAUUCAAGUGAAUGUACUAUAAGAGUAUAUAUCGAUAUAUAUCGAUAGAUACCUAUAUAAUUUAUACGUUUGUGCCUAGGUAACC